AUGGAACAACUCUUUUUCUCAAGCAAAUGCUUUUGUUUCGUCGUCAUAUUUGCUUCACUGGCGGCAGCUGAUGACGACCUUACCGGUUUGCUAUGCGUUAGUGAGUGCAACACCUGCCCUGUCGUUUGUUCAUCUCCUCCAUCUGUCACCAAGCCACCACCCUCUCCAACUCCACCUGCUGUUGCAUCCAAGCCGCCACCGUCACCUUCUCUGGUCCAACAUGCUCCGCCACCGCCACCGUCACCUUCUCUGGUCCAACAUGCUCCGCCACCGCCACGAUUUUACUAUUUUGAUUCACCGCUAGCUAUAGCACCGCCUCAGACAAAGUCGACUCCACCACCAGCAUAUACCGCAGUGGGUGGCAAGAAAACCAGUCCACCACCUCCACGAUUCGUGUACUUCCCUUCCACUGGUGGUGAUUCUGGACAAACAAAUUAUCCAUAUCCGUACUACGUUUAUGAUUCAAAGGCUUGUUCUUUGUGCGUAGGGUUUUUCUGGGUUUUAUGGCUGUUGGUCGUGGUUCAUGUUACACUUCAAGUUCCAGUGUGA